CCGCUCCCGCUUCCAAACAGCAGCGCACCGUCACAAACCCCCUCGCCGGGUCCCCGAGAACGGCCGCCACCCUCCCCGCCGCCUCCAUGCCGUCCCCGUCUUCCUCCUCCUCUCCCCACCGGAAGCUUCUCCAUUCCCUGAUCUACUGGGCGGUACAGCGGUGCCGGAUGUCGGAGUCGCCGUGCCGGCUCACGGUCUCCCUCAAGAGCCCCUCGGACCCCGCCGCCUCCACGCCCCUGCGCGUCUCCGUUUCCGACACUGGAGUUGGGAGCAAGCUGGAGGAGUUCCUGGAGCUGGAUGCCCUGGCGCGUGAGACCCCCGUCGAGAAAUGGGAUGGCACCCUCUUAAUCACAACUACUGGAAUCAAUGACAAAGCUAUUUAUCAUUAUCAAUUCAAUCUUCAAGAAGAAACAUCUUCAAGUGCAAGAUUCAGCAAGCUGGCGACCACAUACAAGAAUAGUGCAACUUUCAGUGGAACUGAAGUCUGCAUUUGUCUUUCAAAUGAAGCUGACCUUGAUGAAUUCAUAUUAUGGCUAACUGGCUUUGUACGUAAGAUAUUUGUGCUAAGAGCAGCUGACUUAGCAAUUGAGCUCGCCGUGGAGCAAACAGGAACUACUGGAUCAAGAAAUGUUUGUCUUCCACAUGAUUCUGAUGAUGCCUAUCUUUCUAUUGCCACCCCAAAUAUUGAGUGUCUAGUUUCUGGCCUUAAAGAUUACGCCCUCUCACAUGGAAACACUUGUGAAAAGUGUGAUGCUUGCUGUAUGAAUAGAGAUCGUCUGAAGGUUGGAACUGGAUCAGCCAAGAUUGUAGACAGAAGAAGAGAUAAAGGGUUACUUGUCGAAGUUGUCAUAAUGAUUGCACAUACAGUAACUGAUUUGACUUGUUGGAUGGUUAACUGUUCAUCCUCUCAGGUUUUGCAUUUUGAAGACUUCAUACCCUGUACCAUAUCACAGUCAUCCUUCAAUGUUCUCAUGAGCAUGGACUGGCAAAGCUACGGUUUCAAGCUAAAAGGAGGUUUCAUGGAUGAUGAAGGAAAUGCUGUGCUUCAGUGGGAUAACCUUACAUUUGCUCGUGUUGAUAUUGCCAUUCACACUUACCAUGGAGUAGUGCAAGAAUGGCAGAGAUCUGAACCAGAUAAAUAUCUUGUGAGGAAGGCACUUAAGUCUGCAUUGUGUCGCUUGAAAGAAGAUCAUGCAGGAGACUUUCUCAGUUGUCAUGGAAAGAAAAUCCGCGAAUAUGUUCCCGACCUUGCAGAAUCGAUCGCUGGUCUAAUCUCGUCAUCCAAUGACCAAGAGUUCCAAGAUGAAUGCUUCACGCUUCUCGGCCUGGGCUCCGACCAAGACAUCUCUGAAGGGGCGGUCAGAUCCUGCAUCAGCGACAAGAUGGCCCGUAUCAUCGAGAUGAACGACACCAAGGAGAAUGUUGUGGAGAGCACGCCUUAUCUGUUCGAGUGCGAGAAGUUGGAUGAAGAUAGCGAACAGCUGGAUGAGGAAGAUGGAGAUGAGGAUAUGGUUUCCGAUUACUAGCAUUGUGGUUCCAAUUUACUAGAAAGUAUGAACUGUCAUGUUCACUCACUCCACAUUGAGCAACACCUUGUUUAAAACAAUUCAAAAUAGAAAACGAAGAGUUGUUUUU